AAUGCAAACAUAAAAUCUAUUUGAAGACACAUUUGUUGGUUUUGAAUAAAAUGGAAAAAAGUGCAAUUUUUUGUGUAUUUCUACUGCUUUUCGGCAGUUGCUUCUAUAAGUUUGGAUUGGUUGAAGCAAAAGCUCGCUUUCAUAUUAUCGGCAAAGGGAUGGAAUGUUCGACCAAUUCGUUGCUGGUGGAGAAUAAAACAUGCGAAAUGACGAAAAUCAACGAAACCAAUGAAGUGUACAGCAUCGAUGUUUAUUUCAAGGAUGGGAUUGUGAUCAACGAAAUCUUUUUACAAAUGUCAUGGAUGUAUAAAACGGCGAGUGAUGCAAAUUUCAAGCCAUUUUUGGGUUUAUCAAACGUAACGAUUGACGUGUGCCACUAUUUGAUAAAUGGCAACUCAAUGAUGGUUGAUUUAUUUUUGGAAGACGUUAAAAAGCAUUCAAAUCUCAUCCACAGUUGCCCAUUCAAGGGUCAUUGCUAUGUAAAAGGUCUGGGCGCAAAUGUGAGACGAUUUCCAGCAUUUAUACCAAGCGGUCAAUAUAAUAUGAUGUUAAUAUUCUAUACAAAAACCAAUGGAACGGACGAUGUUCUAAUGAAAGUAAAACUUUACGCCGAUGUUAAAACCAUGUUCUAG